GUUUGCUAAAGCGUAGACGGUCCAAACCCAGUUUCCUGUGUAGCUGAAACAACCUCAGAGAAGUGAAGGGGUGGAUGAUCUCGAGUGUUCCGGUUUCAGACUGCGCAAGUGUCACACGCUUGCUGAAAUGCAGUUUGCGUUUUCUACGUGGUUUCCUUCCCCCCGCGAAGCGCACUUCUAAGCUCUAACCUUUAGACAGCAGGUGAUCUUCUUUAUGAGAGUAAAAGGAAACGAAAUUAUGAAAUAGCUGCUCUGUGAAUGUUACAAGCUGUCUACGAUUCAAAGGUCUAAAGCAAAAGACGUAAAUAUUAUUUUAUAAGGCAAACAUAUUCUAACAUGUCAAAAAAAAAAAAAACAACCCCAAACUCCACCAGCCGCCCUUUCAACUGAAACUUAAAGAACCGAUGUAGUGAAAUGGAGAAAAUGAGAACAGUCGCCUGAAAGUCGCCAUUGGUGGAGUGAUGAAGAACAUUUCCUGGCUUGGUCCGAAACUUGUCAGUUUUGUGAGUCUUGGCUGCAUAUGGAUUUCUGUGGUACAGUGUACAGUUUUAAACAGCUGCCUAAAGUCAUGUGUGACUAACCUGGGCAGGCAGCUUGACAUUGGCAUGCCAUAUAAUCUGAGUGAACCGUGCAUCCAAGGAUGUCAUUUUUGGAACUCUGUAGAUCAGGAAAACUGUCCUUUAAAGUGUAACGACACAUAUGCCACUGUUUGUGAGCGAGAAUCAUGUGAGGUUGGCUGCAGCGGUGCUGAAGGUGCAUACGAAGAGGAAGUGCUGGAAAAUGCAGACCUCCCCACAGCACCCUUUGCUUCUUCCAUCGGAAGCCAUAGUGUGACGUUACGAUGGAAAUCUGCCAACAUCUCUGGAGUCAAAUACAUCAUUCAGUGGAAAUACGCACAACUUCCUGGAAGCUGGACUUAUACUGAGGCUGUGUCCAAGCUCUCAUACACGGUAGAAUCCCUGCAUCCCUUCACUGAGUAUAUUUUUCGAGUGGUCUGGAUCCUCACAGCCCAGCUACAGCUGUCUUCUCUGCCAAGUCCCAGUUACAGGACUCAUCCUUAUGGAGUUCCGGAAACUGCUCCUUCCAUCAGAAAUAUCGAGAGCUCAAGUCCCGACACCGUGGAAGUCAGUUGGGCUCCACCACAAUUCCCAGGAGGACCUAUUUUGGGUUACAACUUAAGGCUGAUCAGCAAAAAUCAACAAUUAGAUUCAGGGACACAGAGAACCAGUUUCCAGUUUUACUCCACUCUACCAAACACCACCUACAGGUUUUCCAUUGCAGCAGUAAAUGAAGUUGGUGAGGGGCCAGAAGCAGAAUCUAGUAUUACCACUCCAUCCUCAGCAGUUCAAGAAGAGGAACAGUGGCUCUUUUUAUCCAGAAAAUCUUCUCUAAGAAAGAGAUCUUUAAAACAUCUGGUAGAUGAAGCACAUUGCCUUCAUUCAGAUGCUAUAUACAGUAAUAUUACAGGAAUAGCGAUUAAUGUCCACCAGCAAGUUGUGUAUUUCUCUGAAGGAGCUCUCAUAUGGGUGAAAGAGGUUGCCAACAUGUCUGAUGUGUCUGACCUGAGAAUUUUUUACAGAGGCUCAGGAUUAAUUUCUUCCAUCUCUGUAGACUGGCUUUAUCAGAGGAUCUAUUUCAUCAUGGAUGAACGGGUAUACAGCUGUGAUUUAGAGAACUGCUCAAACACUGAGGAAAUUACUCCUCCGUCAAUUACCACACCUCAAAAAAUUGUGGCUGAUUCGUACAAUGGGUACGCGUUUUAUCUCCUGAAAGACGGCAUUUAUAGAGUAGAUCUCCCUGUGCCAUCUGGUCGGGACUCAGAAGCCCUGCGUAUUGUGGAGAGUUGCACAUUAAAGGACUUUGCAGUGAAGCCACAGUCCAAACGAAUCAUUUAUUUCGAUGACACCGCUCGUGUCUUCAUGUCAACGUUUCUGGACGGCUCUGCUUCCCAUCCUGUCCUAGCUCAUGUCUCCUUUGCCGAUGUGAAGAGCUUUGCUUGUGAAAACAAUGACUUCCUUGUCACAGAUGGCAAGGCUGUUUUCCAACAAGACUCUUUGUCUUUCAAUGAGUUCAUCGUGGGAUGCGACCUGAGUCACAUAGAGGAGUUUGGAUUUGGGAACUUGGUCAUCUUUGGCUCCUACGCCCAGCCGCACCCCAUGCCGGGCCGCCCCCAGCAGCUCUCCGUGCUCUUUGGCUCCCACCAGGCCCUGGUUCAGUGGAAACCCCCUGCCCUCGCCAUAGGAGCCAGCCCCUCCGCCUGGCAGAACUGGACUUACGAGGUGAAAGUAUCAACUGAGGACUUUCCUGAAAUCACUCGGAUUUUCUCUAACAUAAGUGGGACCGUGCUUAAUGUGCCUGAGCUGCAGAGUGCUGCAAGAUACAAGGUUUCUGUGAGAGCCGGUUCUCCCAAGGGGCCAGGCCCUUGGUCGGAGCCCUUGGUGGGCACCACUCUGGUGCCAGCUUCAGAACCACCGUUUAUCAUGGCUGUGAAAGAAGAUGGGCUUUGGAGUAAGCCAUUAAAUAGCUUUGGCCCAGGAGAGUUCCUGUCCUCUGAUAUAGGAAAUGUGUCAGACAUGGACUGGUAUAACAACAGCCUCUACUACAGCGACCCGAAAGGUGAUGUUCAUGUGUGGCUGCUGAAUGGGACGGAUAUCUCAGAGAAUUAUCGCAUACCCAACAUUGCAGGAGCAGGGGCUUUAGCUUUUGAUUGGCUGGGUCAAUUUCUCUACUGGGCUGGAAGGACGUAUGUGAUACAAAGGCAGUCUCUGUUGACAGGGCACACGGACAUUGUGACCCAUGUGAAGUUGCUGGUGAACGACAUGGCGGUGGAUUCGGUUGGAGGAUAUCUCUAUUGGACCACACUACACUCAGUGGAAAGCACCAGGCUAAACGGAGAAAGUUCCCUUGUAAUACAGGCACAGCCUUGGUUUUCUGGGAAAAAGGUAGUUGCUCUAACUUUAGACCUUAGUGAUGGGCUCCUGUAUUGGUUGGUUCAAGACAGUCAAUGCAUUCACCUGUACACAGCUGUUCUUCGAGGGUGGAGCAGUGCUGGAGAUAUCAACAUCACGGAGUUUGCAGCCUGGAGUACUUCUGAAAUUUCCCAGAAUACACUGAUGUACUAUAGUGGUCGGCUCUUCUGGAUCAAUGGCUUUAGGAUUAUCACAGCUCAGGAAAUAAGUCAGAGAACCAGUGUCUCUGUUUUGGAACCAGCCAAAUUUAAUCAGUUCACAAUCAUUCAGACAUCCCUCAAGCCUCUGCCAAGGAACUUUUCUGUUACCCCCAAGGUUAUCCCAGAUCCUGUUCAAGAAUCUUCCUUUAGGAUUGAAGGAAAUGCUUCAAGUUUUCAAAUCCUGUGGAAUGCUCCCCCAGCAGUGGAUUGGGGUAUAAUUUUCUACAGUGUGGAUUUCAGUUCUCAUUCUAAGUUCCUGGCUAGUGAGCAGCAGCUUUCGCCUAUAUUUACUGUGGAAGGGCUGGAGCCCUAUGCCUUAUUUAAUCUCUCUGUCACUCCUUAUACGUACUGGGGAAAGGGCCCCCAAACAUCUCUGUCACUUCGAGCACCUGAAACAGUUCCAUCGGCACCCCAGAAUCCCAGGAUAUUUAUAUUACCAAGUGGGAAAUACCAUAACCAGAACGAGGUUGUGGUGGAAUUUAGAUGGAAUAAGCCUAAGCAUGAAAACGGCGUGUUAACGAGAUUUGAAAUGUUCUAUCAAAUAUCCAACCAGAGAGACACAAAUAAAACAUUUGAAGACUGGAUGGCUGUCAAUGCAACCCCCUCAGAGAUGUCUUUUCAGCUUGAAGGCAUGAGUCCCGGGUACACUGUUGCCUUCCAGGUUCGAGCCUUCACAUCCAAAGGACCUGGACCAUUUUCUGACACAGUAAAGUCCAGAACCUCAGAAAUCAACCCAUUUCCAUAUCUCAUGACUCUUUUUGACAGCAAGAUCGUUUUAUUAGAUAUGGAUCAAAAUCACGUUGUAUGGACAUUUUCAGCAGAAGGAGACAUCAGUACCAUGGGCUACACAGCUGAUAAUGGAAUGGGAUAUUAUGCUCAAGGAGACUCACUCUGCCUUCUGAACAUGCACAACAGAUCCAGCUCUGAGAUUUUCCGAGAUGCACUGGUCUUUGAUAUCACAAUUAUUACAAUUGACUGGAUUUCAAGGCAUCUCUACUUUGUGCUAGAAGAAUCACAAAAUGGCAUGCAAAUAUUUGAUGUUGAUCUUGAACACAAGGUGAAGUACCCCAGAAAGCUGGACAUUUGCAAUAGAAAUUCAACAAUAAUCUCUUUUUCUGUAUAUCCUUUUUUAAGUCGCCUGUAUUGGACAGAGGUUUCCGAUUUGGGCCCUCAGAUGUUCUACUACAGUAUUAUCAACCAGACCUUGAGUCACAUUCUUCCACCCACAGCCACAAACCAUUCAAAUGGAAGGAAACAGUGUUUUUGCAGCAUUACUCAAUUCGAGUUUAGUGGAGCAAUGACUAUUGACACCUGUGAUCUAGAGAGACCACAGAUAUAUUUUGUCAAAGGGCAAGAGAUCUGGGCCAUGGAUCUGGAAGGAUGUCGGUGUUGGCGAGUUAUCAUGGUGCCUACUCUGCUUGGAGAAAUGCUUGAAAGUUUAACUGUGGAUGGGGAAUUUCUCUACUGGAUCUCCUCAGCAAAGGACAGCACACAGAUUUAUCAAGCAAAGAAAAGCAAUGGGGCCAUCCUCUCCCAGGUGAAGGCCCAAGGGAGUAAGCAUAUCUUGGCUUACAGUUCAGUUCUGCAGCCUUUUCCAGAUAAAGCAUUACUGUGUCUAGCUUCAGAUGUCGCAGAGCCAACUAUACUUAACACCACUAACAGCAGCCUCACAAUCCGAUUACCGCCCACCAGGGCAAAUCUCACGUGGCACAGCAUCACUUGCCCUACUCCAACAUACCUGGUUUAUUACCAAGAAGUUAACGGCAGGAAAAAUAGCUCUGGGCUGAAAUAUAAAAUGCUGGAAUUUCAGGAGAGGAUAGCCUUUAUUCAAGGUUUACAACCAUUUUCAACAUAUGUGAUACAGACAGCUGUAAAGAAUUAUUAUUCAGAUGCUGUGGGACAGUUACCUCUGGGAAAGGAGAUUUGGGGAAAAACUAAAAGUGGAGUGCCAGAAGCAGUUAGGCUCAUUAACACAACUGUGCAGUCAGACACCCGCCUACUUGUAUCCUGGGAAGAAUCUCACAAGCCAAAUGGACCUAUGGAGUCAGUUCGCUAUCAGCUGGAAAUCUCACAUCUGGCCCUAAUUCCAGAGACUCCUCUAAGACAAAGUGAAUAUCCAAAUGGAAAACUCUCUCUCCUUGUUACUAGACUAUCUGGUGGAAAACCAUAUGUGUUAAAGGUUCUGGCCUGCCAUGCUGAGGAAAUGUGGUGUGCCGAGAGUCAUCCUGUCACUGUCAAAAUGUUUGACACACCAGAGAAACCCUGUGCCUUGGUUCCAGAGAACACUAGUUUGCAAUUAGAAUGGAAGGCUCCAUCUAAUGUUAACCUCAUCAGAUUUUGGUUUGAACUCCAGAAGUGGAAGUAUAAUGAGUUUUACCGUGUGAACACUUCAUGCAUCCAAGGCCCUACUUAUGUCUGUAGCAUCACAGAUCUACAACCUUAUAUGUCCUAUAACAUCCGUGUAGUGGUGGUUUAUAGGACAGGAGAAAAUAGCACCUCACUCCCAGAAAGCUUUAAGACAAAAGCUGGAGUCCCAAGUAAACCAGGCAUUCCAAAAUUAUUAGAAGGGAGUAAAGAUUCAAUACAGUGGGAAAAAGCUGAAGAUAAUGGAAGCCGGCUUAUGUACUAUGUCCUUGAGGUCAGAAAGGGUACUUCAAAUGAUUCACAGAACCAGAAUUUAAUGUGGAGGAUGGCAUAUAAUGGAUCCUGCGGUAGUAUUUGCACAUGGAAGUCCAAAAACCUGAAAGGAACAUUUCAGUUCAGAGUGGUAGCUGCAAAUAAUCUGGGAUUUGGUGACUAUAGUGGAAUCAGUGAGAAUAUUAUAUUAGUUGGAGAUGGCUUUUGGAUAUCAGAAAGAAGCUUUAUACUUAUUAUUAUAAUUGGAAUAUUUCUGGUUGUUAUAAUCUCAUUGAUUUUUGUCUGGCAUAGAAAGUUAAAGAAGCAAAAAACUCCCACGGAAGGGCUGACGGGUCUCAUACACGAAGACAAAGAGUUGGCUGAACUUCGAGGGCUGGCCGCUGGAGUAGGACUGGCUAAUGCCUGCUAUGCGAUACAUACUCUUCCAACCCAAGAGGAGAUUGAAAGUCUUCCUGCCUUCCCUCGGGAAAAACUGACUCUGCGUCUCCUGUUGGGAAGCGGGGCCUUUGGAGAAGUGUAUGAAGGGACAGCAGUAGACAUCUUAGGGGCUGGAAGUGGAGAAACCAAAGUAGCAGUGAAGACUUUGAAGAAGGGCUCCACAGACCAGGAGAAGAUUGAAUUCCUGAAAGAGGCACAUCUGAUGAGCAAAUUUAACCAUCCCAACAUUCUGAAGCAGCUUGGAGUUUGUCUGCUGAAUGAACCCCAGUACAUUAUCCUGGAACUGAUGGAAGGAGGAGACCUUCUUACCUAUUUGCGUAAAGCCCGGAUGACAAAGUUUCAUGGUCCUUUACUCACCUUGGUUGACCUUGUAGAUCUGGGUGUGGAUAUUUCAAAAGGUUGUGUCUACUUGGAACAGAUGCACUUCAUUCACAGCUUCUGCCAUAGGGAUCUGGCAGCUCGGAAUUGCCUUGUCUCUGUGAAAGACUAUACCAGUCCAUCACGGGUAGUGAAGAUUGGGGACUUUGGACUUGCAAGGGACAUCUAUAAAAAUGAUUAUUAUAGAAAGAGAGGGGAAGGCCUACUCCCCGUUCGGUGGAUGGCUCCAGAAAGUUUGAUGGAUGGAAUCUUCACUACUCAGUCUGACGUAUGGUCUUUUGGAAUUCUGAUUUGGGAGAUUUUAACUCUUGGUCAUCAGCCUUAUCCAGCUCAUUCCAACCUUGAUGUUUUAAACUAUGUGCAAACAGGAGGGAGACUGCAGCCACCGAGAAAUUGUCCUGAUGAUUUGUGGAAUCUGUUGACCCAAUGCUGGGCUCAAGAACCUGACCAAAGACCUACUUUCCACAGAAUACAAGAUCAGCUUCAGUUAUUCAAAAAUGUUUCCUUAAAUAGUAUUUCUCAACGCAGAGAAGAAACAGACCCCAGUGGAGUCAUAAAUGAGGGCUUUGAAUAUGAAGAUGGCAGUGUGAUCUGUUUGAAUUCAGGUGACGUUACGUCAGUUGCUUUAAUGGAAACCAAGAACCAAGAAGGGUUAAACUAUAUGGUACUUGCUACAGAGUGCAGCCAAGGUGAAGGAAAUUCUGAGGGUCCUCUAGGCUCCAAGGAAUCUGAAUCUUGUGGUCUGAGGAAAGAAGAGAUGGAACCACAUGCAGACAAAGAUAUCUGCCAAGAAAAACAAGUGGCUUACUGCCCUCCUGGCAAGCCCGAAGGCCUGAACUAUGCCUGUCUCACUCACAGUGGAUAUAGAGAUGGGUCUGAUUAAUAGCUCUGUUUUGGAAAUGCAGGGCUGAGAUGAACACUCCCAUUAAGUAGUUACUGAAAGAAAACCCUGGUAGAACGAUAGAUGUUGUGGUAGUCCAUGACUCCAAAUUAACACUGAAAAGUUCCUGAAUUCCUGAAUUCUUGGUUCCAAGAGCCGUUUGAUUUCAACUGUGGCAAUCCCCAUAACAACUACCUAACCUUCAGUAGAAUUCUGACGUGAACCGCUGAACAUCGGAAAGCUCAGGAAGACUCAAGACUCUGGAAGGAAACUGCUCCCCUUCUCCCCUGAGGUCCCUUAGUCCGUUGCUCGCCCUUCAGUCUGGGCUGCACCAGAAGCAUCUUGGUUAGAUGGGGAGAGACCAAAUAGCUACGUUUAGGGACCUGAAUGAGGGCGAUGAAGAGUGUGCUCAGGGGGCCGACGGAACUACAGAUUAUCCCCAAAGGAUGUAUAUAUAUACAUGAGGAAAUGACUAAAUAACUCUACAUCUACAGAAGGAACCAGCAUCUAGGACAUGAGAAAUCAUUUGGAAAUCUAUCACUAUAAAAUAAUUGUCUUUAUGACUACUCUAAAAUACUUUGUAUUUUGGAGGCUUGGAACAGUAGCUUCUAUUGAGCAUAGGACCAUGAAGAUCACUCUAAAUCCUAAGGUUUAGCAUUCCACGGACUUUGGGUUGUAUAAAAAUAGCUCUGUGACUGUGUGCUGCUAUGGAAAUUCGCUAAUAUCGAGAAUCGUUUUUAUUUGCCACGUGUGUCUUACACAUAAAAUACUUACGAUUACAUUUAGUAUCGAGUAUCCUUAAAUAUAAAUGACUAUAUGAUGUUAAUUUAAGCUCUAUGAUUUUUAAAAAUACACGAAAUAAUACAUAUCGAAAUGAGAGCUAUUAAAAACAUUUCUUCAGAGAAACACUCUGAUUUAAAGCCAAUCUUUUUUUUUUUUUUUUUUUUGCAGUUACCCACUUAAAUCUGAAUGCCUCAAGUACUCCAGCAGCAACAUUAAUGAAAGCAUUCUGUUUGUUAUUCCACUGCAGUAUACAGGAUGCUUGCUAGAUAUAGAAAACACUUUGAUUAUAAAAUUUGCUAAAAGCCACUCCUGGAAGAGGAUCACCUAUGCAUCUCCACUUUGGAUCAUUUAGUUCAUUUUGUAACUUGCUUACGGCCUGAGAAGCUGCACGGAUAAUUGGCUGUGUGGUGAGGAACACAGGGAAGUCAAUGUGUGAGUUCUGUGGCGAACAGCCCCCAAAUAAAGGUCCAGGAUCUGUGGCCCCCGCUACAUCUGUUAUUCCACUGAACGGGGCAGGAUAUUUUCUGUCUAAUCUUCUGAUGUUCUACUGGACAUUUAUCAUUCUUUUUGAUAGCCUGGCAUAUGACACCCCUUCCCUUGUUGGAGGGCUCCUCCACCUUUAUCUCCUGGGUGGGAGCUAUGUUCCAUUUGCUUCCCCAAGAUCUCUUGCAGCAAGAAGGCAGGCAUGUGACCCCCACCACUCAGACAUCCCCACCACAAGCUUCUAAAAUUGAGAGGUAAGGAAGCAAAGAAACAGGGACCACAGUGGUGGUUGGUGGCAACUGCAGCUGGUCUGAUUCCUGGCAUCCGGUGUCCAGGGCCAGGAGAGUCUGCAGAGCAAAUCUGGAGCCUGGUGCUUCUAGCAGUCAGGGUAGCCAGAUUAGACUGGUUCUGCUGUUUUGAGCCAGUGCUCCUGGCUCUAGUCUGGCUCUCAAGCCCUCUCUGGUGAUUCUGUGAGUUACCCUCAGAUCCUUUUAAGAAAUGCUUUUCUUUUAAAUCAACCAGAGUCUGUUUCUGUUGCUUGCAGCCGGGACUUUUGCUCCACCAGUGGUAUGGACCUUUAUUUUGGAAGACACAAAGAAGUCAGAAGUGUAUAGAAGAAUUGGAUUUUCAGUCCAUGUGCAUCACAAUUUGGACAACAGAGAAAUUUAUAGAAUGUUUGAGGGGAUAUUUUUUGAGAGAGAGACAGAGAGAGCGAGCAGGGGAGGGGCAGAGAGAGAGAAUCCCAAGAAGGCCCUACACUGUCAGCAUGGAGUCCAAUGCGGGGCUCAAACUCACAAACUGUGAGAUCACGACCUGAGCCAAAAUCACGAGGCAGAUGCUUAACUGACUGAGCCAUCCAGGAAGCCCAUCUUACCUUCAUUUUAAAUUGUUCAAGGAAAAGAAAUAAUUCAUAAGGAAGAGUGAGUUGCAAAUGAAAAAUAUUGUUCGCAAACAACAACAAAACACAACAGAGAAAAACAGACUCAUAAUUAUAGAGAACAAACUAGUGGCUGCCAGAGGGGAGGGGGGCAGAGGGAUCGGUGAAAUAGAUGAAAGGGAUUGACAGGUACAAAAAAGAAAAAUAAAUGUUGUUAAUGAUUUAACAUUGCCAACUGGACAAAGAUUUACCUAGAUAAAAUGAAUAUGUUGAUAUAAUUCUGAUGAAAAUGCUUUACUUGAAACACUCUUAAGACAAGAGCCUGUUCCUGGGCCCAGAUGUGCUGUCUGUUGUUUACCCAUACUGGUUUUGCCUGGCCUAUUGGAACUCCUUACCUAUUUUCUUCUUGUCUAAAUCCCAGUUGUCAAGUAGGAUCAGCUCAUAUGCCAAGUUUUUGGAAGGGCUUGUCCCUAACUCCUUCUCUUCUCCCUUCUCAGAAUUACUGUUGUCCUUCUCAUCUUCACAUCUCAUUUAGCAGUAACCACAUUUAUUUCCAUCCAAUUUCUAUGUAUCUUACCAACUGGAAUAAAUUGCAAGCUCUCUGAAGUCAAGGUGAUGUCUUUUAACCCUUUGUAUCUUCUCUAAGCCAAAAUAGGUGUUCAUGUUUAAUGGAUUAAUUGGUUGAUUUUCUCAUCACCCUUUUACAACACAUUUCAUGACAAGUAUUUACUUGUAGCUUUUAGAAAGGAUGCCAGAAAAUUGGUCUAAUGCCAUGGGGGACUCAAGAGGACUCUUUUGAUCUUGAGUCAUCUCCUAAGACCUAGAUAGAGUAUAGAAGGUAGGAGACUGCUUUGUGGUUCAGAUCAGACUUAGGCAAGUCCUGAAAUUCUGGAAGCCCUUGAAAUGAUGGUGAACAUAUGCUAAAGGAGGCAAAAAUUUAUUUUACCACUAUCAGUUUCUUCCCUGUCUCAAAUGGCCUGUUAUUCUCAUAAUGGCCUUUAUGAGUGUGGAAUAAAUGUUAAGGUGCUCUUGACUUCUGUUUGACCUUCUUUCCUUGGUAAAAUGAAAAGCCCAUCUAAUUUUGCUUUUUACAGUUGAUCAGGGCUAUAGUACGCCUGAACCAGAUGACCUAUCCCAAUCCUUCCAGGCUUCUUCACAAUCAGCAGAAGAAUCAAGGGGCCAAAAUAUACCACCCAAACUCUACUGUAAAUAUUUUAGGGUAUUUCCUUUCAACUUGUUUUGUUUCCUUCCCCCAUGUGAGCUUAUGUUCUUGGCUGAGCUGAAGUAGUUCUAUCUCUUCUGUUUUUGCUUUUGUUUUUCAUUUAACAUUACUGUGUAUGCUUUCCCCUUACAAUUUUUUUUUUUUUUUGUAAAUGUUUCUAAUGGCUCCAUAAAAUCUCUUAGGAUGG